AAUGUAUAUGAGCACAUAUCGCACCACUUUGCUGAAAGCAAGCAGUGGAGAUACGUGCGAUCCUUUGCUGAGCUUGGCCGAGCUCAUGUUGGGCGAUGGUCUACUCGACUACUGGACUGGCGAAUACGAUCGCUUGCGGAGCUCGAGGAGUAUACUUUGUUGCACGAUUCGAUUGGAUGGUAUGCUCAAGAAGGAUUGACGCCAUCCCGCCGCACGUUCGAAAUCCUAGUUAAAGCUAGCCUUUCCAACAGGGACAUUGUCUGGGCCACUCAGAUCCUCCGUCAGAUGGAACAAUUCGGGAUCCCUUUCGGAGAUUCCACGUACACUGCCGUUUUGGCUGGUUGCAGGGCGUUUGGUCUCUGCCCUGAUGUAGAGGCGAGAUGCUUCGCAAUUCUGAAGAACAUGGGUGCAUUGAACAACAUUGAUGUUAUCAAUACACUUAUGCGCCUCCGUUUGGAUGUCGGCGACACAGACGGUGCUCGCCGUAUCAUGAGUGCUGCCCAAUCUCCCACUUCAGAUCUGAAUUUGGAGCUCAACCACCCAACUUCGAAUUCAAACGACCCUUCACUUUUGCACGCGUUUCCGCCUAGCCCUCGCCUACCACCUGUUAUCUCCACCCCCAGUCGUAUUCGAAUGCCAACCGUUGCCACAUACGACAUCCUUCUACGCCAAACUGCACACUCCGGCACCUUGGACCAAACGAUAUCAAUAUACAAGAGCAUGUUACUCAGCGGCACGCGGCCAAAUGAUCAGAUAAUUUCGAGCUUGAUUUACGUCAUUUUUAGGGCGAGCCCAUCUCAUUGGCAAGACGCUGUUCGUAUUGUAUCUGCAGCCAUCUAUGGUCAUCAGUCAAAAAAAGCUUCAGGAUUCUGUCGCAAAUUAGGCGCUGAGUCUACGGGAUUAUCAGCCACGUUUUCGGAUGCAGCUAUACCGCCCGUCACGCCAACAACUCGUAUUUUCAACGCACUUCUCGCUGGACUUGUGUCUUUCGAUACGGUAUCGCUGGAUGGUCUGUCUACAGCUUUCAAGCGUAUGACCUUCAUUGUCAGAAAGAUGAAGUGUCUCGGAUUGGAGCCAGAUGAGGAAACAGCACGGAUUUUCAUGAGCUUCUUGGAUACCGGGGCAGGCUCCUCGCCUUCACAGGUGUGCGAUGGAUCGAAUCCAUCAUCAUCGGCACCCAUAUACGCCACUUUACAACACGUCAAUAUCAUACUUCAAAGUAUAAAUCGGAAUAGUCGGUUCUGGCUAACAAUGAAAGGGCGACAAACACUGCACCGGAUACGGGACGGUAUCUCGUCCAAAAACCGAAAUCGUAUCAAUGUUGACAGGUCCCUUACUUCGCAUGAUGCCAUUGACUCAACCAUCUCUAAAUCACAACAUUUUUUAAGCAUUUCCUCCCACUUCACUGCCAACCCGCUUCUCUCACACCUCGAUUCCCUUCGUCGCCGUGGCGUGCGAAGCGAUUCUCGGGGCUUCAACCUGCGAAUGUCGCACGAGUUAUUCGUCAAUAAAGAUGCGUCGCGCGCACAACGCACAUUUGAUGCAAUGGUCGUAAAUGGGAUCAAACCUUUGUCUUCUCAUUAUGUAACUCUCAUGAAACCGUUUGCAGCCCGGGGGGAUUUGGGGUCAGUGAAGAGUGUCUUCGCUGCUGCAGUAGCCUCAGGGAUUGUUGUUACAGUUGCAAUGUUCACCAUUCUCAUUGUCGCCUAUGGAAGUGCUGGUGAUCCCCACGGCGCACGACGAGUUUUUGGCGAUAUGCGAAAUUACGGGAUCAAGCAGGAUGUGACCUCGCUUGAUGCCCUGGCAUCGGCAUUUGUCCGUAGCGGACAAAAACGCCAGGCGAGAGAAGUCCUGGUAAACCACUGGAACGCUGUCGUCCCUGCUAAUGCCCUCAGAUCUGAUGUAAAUCUUCGAGAAUUAUCG